GGAUCGCAUUGCAUUGUGGGGGACACAAAUCGAGCGCCCACAGGACAUCAGCCAACACAAAGGAAUCAAAACACCACACGAAAGAGGUUUUGGGGUGGAAUAGUUGGAGUAAUGUUUGGUCGAUGGUGAGCUGUGAUGGCUGGAGAUCUGACUGCUGCCUGACACCUGCGAGGAAUGUGAGUGGUGAUCAGAGUGAAGCGGCAGGGCUUCACUGCUCCGUCUGCCGAAGAGCUGAGCAUCAAGAGGGCCGGCUGCUGUCAUAGGCCUCGCACCAAAAGGGCAAACUCCUGUUACCCCAUCACAAGCUGACACCACCAUGGGCGUCAAAACAUUCACCCACAGCUCAUCUUCUCACAGCCAAGAAAUGCUGGAGAAGCUGAAUGUCCUCCGGAAUGAAGGCCACUUAUGUGACGUGACCAUUCGGGUUCAGGACAAACUCUUUUUAGCUCACAAAGUGGUCCUUGCUUGCUGCAGUGAGUUCUUUCGUUCCAAACUGGUAAGCCGGCCGGAGGAUGAGGACAAGUUUGUGUUGGACCUUCAUCAUGUGACCGUCAGUGGCUUUGCUCCACUUUUAGAAUAUGCCUACACCUCCACACUGUCUAUCAGCACAGAGAACAUCAUCGAUGUCCUGGCAGCUGCAAGCUAUAUGCAGAUGUUUGCUGUGGCGAGUACGUGUUCAGAAUUCAUGAAGUCAAGUAUUCUAUGGAGCCCUGGGAACAAUGGAGGUAACACAGUUGCGACAGAGAAAACCCAUGACACCGCACCAGAGAGCGCAUCAUCAAACUGUGCCCUGACGCCUCUUGACGGGAGUGUGUCUCCAGUGUCAUCUGACUGUAGUGUCAUGGAAAGGAAUGUUCCCAUCUGCCGUGAAUCACGCAGGAAGAGAAAGAAUUUUGUUACAAUGGCUUCUCCAGAGAGUCCACUGAAAUGUACUAAUCAAAUGGUCACUACUUCCCCCCAGAUCACAAAUCCUUCCCCUUCUUUCUCAGAUAGCACAGCGACACCUGUGGAGUCUUCUUUGGCGUUUCCGUGGACCUUCCCUUUUGGCAUUGACCGAAGAUUUCACUCUGACAAGUCAAAGCUCCCAGAAAGCCCGCGCUGCUUGGAACAAGGUGGCACUGGGACUUCUGAGGCUGUGGUCAGCCGUCGACUAAGUGACUUUUUGGCAUGUGAAAGUUCCAAAGCAGGAUCACCACCUGUGCCUCCAGAAGAGGAGGAUGUGAGGGUAAAAGUGGAGCGUUUAAGUGAUGAGGAGGUCCAAGAGCCAUCCUCGCAACCUGUUAGUGCCUCACAAAGCUCACUGAGUGACCAACAGACAGUGCCCGGAAGCGACCAGGUCCAAGAGGACCUUCUAAUCAGUCCACAGUCAUCUUCUAUUGGGUCGAUGGAUGAGGGUGUUUCAGAUGGCUUGCCAUCAAUGCAGGCCACUUCCAACACUGGAGCGAAUACGGAAGAUGAUGAAAGGCUGGAAGGUAUUCAGUAUCCAUACCACCUCUAUAUCAGCCCUUCAGGCCGCCCCAGCACCAAUGGCCCAGACAGGCCUUUUCAAUGUCCAACCUGUGGAGUCAGAUUCACUCGUAUUCAAAAUCUGAAGCAGCACAUGCUCAUACACUCCGGCAUUAAGCCUUUCCAGUGUGACCGCUGUGGGAAAAAGUUCACACGGGCCUACUCCCUUAAGAUGCAUCGUCUGAAGCACGAAGGUAAACGCUGUUUCCGGUGCCAGAUUUGUAGUGCUACAUUCACGUCCUUCGGCGAAUAUAAGCACCACAUGAGGGUCUCCCGACACAUAAUCCGCAAGCCACGGAUUUACGAGUGCAAAACGUGCGGCGCCAUGUUCACCAACUCUGGCAAUUUAAUUGUACACCUGAGGAGUCUGAACCAUGAGGCAUCCGAACUAGCAAACUACUUCCAGAGCAGUGAUUUCCUCGUGCCCGACUACCUGAGCCAAGUUCAGGAGGAGGAGGAGGCCCUUGGAGUCCACUAUGAGAUAGAUGAAUCCCAGCAUAAUGCCUUGUACUCGGCCAGCUCCUCUACCGUCAUCGCUGGCUCAACCUCCUCCUCAGUUCAGAUGCCUGUCAUUUCCCAAGUUUCUUCAUCCACUCAAAAUUGUGGAAGCUCCCCCAGCUUUCUGUCAUCUGAGCCCCUUGAUCCACUCGCAGUCCCUGCCUCCCCCAGGAUGGAUGCAAGUGGUACAGCAGCCAUUGGGGAGGAGGCAGAUGUGAUUGUAAGGGGAAACUCCCCGGAGGUAUUUGAAGGAGAGCAGGAGCAACGUCAGACUCCCAAGUCCAAGGAGCUAGCUUCCAGUUUAAUGGAGUGAUUCACCUCUUCUUCCCUUCCCUCCUAUUUUAUUUAACUGUUACAUUGUUUUGGGGAUAUUUCAAAGCACUGCGCUCACCACCAUGGCUAAUGGAUUAUACGUUGGCUCAAGACCACACUCACCGGACAGGGGGUGCCGACAAUCGCCCAGUCGCCCCGUCACACUGGACACCAUCAGACCACUUUUGUUUGCACUUCCUUAGCCCAUGACUUCCAUAUUAACGGAACUGCUUUCACAGAGCUCGAACAAUUGUUACUCAAAUUGUUGCUAUUGUAAGGUGAAACCGUGCAUUUGCUAGCUGAUCCCCUUCAGCAACAUCUUGGUGUGAUGCAGCCAGAACUCAAAACAUGUCUGGGUGGAUGUCAUUUCUCAAAAAUGGUAUCCAUUUUUUUUCUCCUGUUAAGAGGCUGCAGUGGAGUAUAGUAACACAUGAAAACUUCAGACAGUUGAUUCUUGUUCUGCCUGGUAAGAAGUCUCAUUGAGAUGGAAAUUAUAAGUGGGAGCUGGUCAAGAUGGCCUCUAAACAUCACAACCACUUAAGUGUGUUUCCUCCUAUUUUAGGAAACGUGUUUAGACAGUUCCGGCAGUUUAAACUGUACAACAGUCAAGCGCAUGCAUUGUGUGAAGGGGCAGGUGCUCCCAGCAUUUUAGAUCUCUCUCUCUCAGACACACACGCACACAUUUGUCUUUGCAGGGUCCAUUCAUUGACAUAAACCUAACCAUCCAAACCAGGACUCUGAACCAAACUUAAACCCAAUUAUAAUGAUCUUGUUGUUUUUGAAGCCCUAAUCCUCAAAUUGAGUCUUAACCUUGUGGGGUCCGGCAAAAGGUCCCCACAAACGCCUAAGGGCCUCACAAGGAGGUGUUUUCCCCAAAAUUAAACCUCAUUAGGAUAGCAAUGCUUAAAGAGGCACACACACACACACACACACACCGUCUGCUCAUUCACAUGGGGAAAAGCAGACAGAGAUAUACUCCAUACUCGAACACAAUUGGAGUCUGUUCCCUGAACGUAUCUCUCUGUCGUGUGUUAUAUGACCAAAUAUUUGCAAGCAAACUGGGAGUUUUUGCUGUGAUUCACCAGUUUUGUUUUCUAAGUGGGAUUUGUAAGAUGAUAUUGCCUUAUUUGUCAAGUGUAUGGAGGGUCGAACCAAGUCUGUACUAAACAGUCUGUAGGGCACAUCGAUAUAAUGUAUCUUCCAUAAUUGACUCCAAAACAAGGUAUGCAGUAAACUGUGACCUCUGUUGGCCGUUACACCCCCAACACAAUGUUUUUAUGUCUUUAUUUCUCCCCCUCUCUCACCAUCUAGUGCCUGUGUUCAUAGAUCUUGGACAUCAAAUCAACUGCUCUGUAUUGAUGUGGGUGUCUAAAUCAGUCAACAGUUUCAUGAUUCAUGUUUCCUUGGCAUCCUUCACCAUCCAGACAUAAUGUAGCAUGGAGGCUCUCCAGUGUCCCUUUUACAGUCUCAUCGACAGUUGAAAUUUGUUUGUGAGGCAUUUUAGACCAAGGCUUAUGUGUGGCAAGCCCCAAGACCUUUUUUUUUUUUUUUUUUUGCUAAAUUGAAUAUU